AUGAGGAUAAGUGGUUAUGAAAGAAAUUCGAAAAAAUUUAAUAAAAAUGCAUUGGACUUGGAUUUAAGUGAUAAAGUUGUAAUAGUUACAGGCGCAAACAGUGGCCUAGGAAAAGAUAUUGCUGCCGAGUUGUUUAAACGAGGUGCAUUAGUUCAUAUGUUGUGUAGAAAUGAAAAGACAGGUGAAGAAGCUAGAAAAGACAUAUUAGGUCAAAUUAACGGUGAUGCUAGUAGCAGUGGUGAUAAUGUUAACGAUGAGACAAAUCAAAAAUCAAAAGUUGUUUUUGAUGAGAAUCGAUUGAGAUUGCAUAAAGUUGAUAUUUCCGAUUUGAAAAGAGUUAAAGAAUUCGUGAAGGAAUUUGAAAGUGAUGGGGAUGGAAAAUGUCAUAUUUUGAUAAACAAUGCAGGUGUAAUGGUGAAUGAACGGUCAACUACACCAUAUGGAGUUGAAACAAAUUUUUCAAUAAACACUUUGGGAACUUAUUAUUUAACUAAAAGCUUGGUUCCUUUAUUACAAAAAUCUGGUCCUGGGUCAAGGGUUGUCACAGUUUCUUCAGGUGGAAUGCUUGCAAAUAAACUUGAUGUCACCGAUUUAGAAUGUAAAAAAAUGAAACAAUUUGAUGGAACUAUGGCAUAUGCACAAAAUAAGAGACAACAAGUAGAACUAACUAAUUAUUGGUCACAACAAUAUCCAGAAUCUACCACAGGAAUAAAAUUUUUGUCAAUGCAUCCAGGAUGGGUUGAUACUCCUGGUAUCAGGACAUCAUUGGAAACCUUUUAUAAGCAUCUUAAAAAUCAAUUAAGAUCUGUCGAUCAAGGAAUUGAUACAGUCCUAUGGGCAGCAUUUAGUAAGGAAGUAUCAGAUAUUCCUAGUGGAUCAUUCUUGUUUGAUAGACAGGUGGCUUCACAACACUUACCAUUGGCCCCAACCAAAUCUACUCAACAAGAAGUUGAAGCUUUAGUAGAACAAAUUGAUAAUUAUGUAGAUAUAGCCUUGAAUUUUGAACAAAGAAGUUCCAGCUAUUAA